AUGAGUGCCAACACAAUAGAAAAAGACGGCCCUUUCGGUGAACCCGCACCUGAGGUCCUCGAUGGCAGAAUCUGGGUUGAUGGCUGCUGGGACUUUUUCCACCAUGGACACGCGGGCGCAAUGCUCCAGGCGCGACAAUUAGGCACAGAACUCGUCGUUGGUAUACACUCUGACGAAGCAAUUCUGGAAAACAAGGGGCCUACAGUGAUGACUUUGGAAGAACGAAUCGCCGCUGUCGAUGCCUGUCGAUGGGUCACUCAAUCGGUGCCAUAUGCCCCAUACGUUACGUCCUUACCUUGGAUAUCUCAUUACGGCUGCAAAUACGUCGUUCAUGGCGACGACAUCACGUCUGACAGCAGUGGAGAAGAUUGUUACCGCUACGUCAAAGCAGCUGGCCGGUUCAAAGUAGUGAAGAGGACGCCCAGUAUCUCCACGACCGAUCUCGUUGGUAGGAUGUUACUGUGUACUCGGACUCACUUUAUCAAGUCUUUUUCCAAGCUUCUAGCCGGUGACGAGGGAUCUGGCACACCCGAAGAGCGAAAAGAAGAGGGCGCUGUCAUGAGGCAAAGGUUAAAGCUUUAUGCGUCGGAUUCUACUGGACUAGGUGAGGGACUGAGCGUUUGGUUUUGGACAGCAUCGAUAGCUGCCCGAGAAGACCAUACAGAAGAAGAAAAGGGAGCCUUCGACCAGCUAUGUACUGGGAACGCGCCUCAACCCGGUCAGCGAGUCGUCUACGUCGAUGGGGGCUUCGAUCUCUUUUCCUCGGGCCACAUCGAAUUUCUCCGCAAGGUUAUUGAAGCAGAGGAGAAAAUUGGUCGUGAUGAAGGCUGGUACAGCGAGCAGAAUGUGCAAGAGAGAGUUGGGAAAGGAUCUGACUAUGGACCGGUGUUUGUUAUUGCAGGGGUUCAUGACGACGAAGUGAUCAAUCAUUGGAAGGGCGUCAACUAUCCUAUAAUGAACAUCUACGAGCGGGGUCUAUGCGUUCUGCAAUGCAAGUACAUCAAUUCGGUGAUCUUUGGGGCGCCUUUUACCCCGACUCGUUCUUACCUUACCUUCACACCAUGGGGUACCCCAGAUGCAGUCUAUCAUGGACCUACUAGCUUCAUGCCGCUCACCUACGAUCCGUAUACUGCGCCCAAAGAGAUGGGAAUAUACAAGGAGAUUGGACAGCACGCCUACGCAGGGGUCAAUGCUGGUGAAAUUGUUCAGCGGAUCAUGAAGAGUCGUGAUCUGUAUGAGGAGAGACAGAGGAUCAAAGGCGCCAAAGCCAUUGAUGAAAAUGCGCAUAAGUUACGUGAACAGCUAGAAGAGGAGCAGAAGCUGAAGGAGAGCUCGGCGUGA